AUGGAUUUUGAUUUGGAACUACGUGCAGCUGUGUCGAGAGUCGGUCUCAUCACGCAGCUGGAUUCCUGUUGGCCUGAUCUGCUCCGUGAGGAGCAACUUGUUGGAGCUGUGCCGCAGGGACCACCAUCAGUGCCCUCAGUGCAAGUGAACGAUGUUGUUGGUGCAGAAUGUCCAACAGUACCAUCCUUUGUGCCUCGUACCUCCGGGUCAUGCAGGUUACCAGUGUGCGAGAGUGGUGAUCGUGCAAGAGCCAUUGCCUUGUGGUCCACAAUCAUAGUGGCUGGUGCUGCCUCGACCCCUGUUGGGCUUCUGGUGAUAAAUGCUCCAGACGAUGAGACCGCAAAGAAGAUCCUGUUGGAUGUCUUUGCUCGCAAGGCGACGGCAACUUUGCGAUCCAGAGCAGGCUCGCUACUGCAGUAUCUUCGCUGGGUUCGAGUCAGCUAUGUUGACCGCAUUACCAUCUUUCCACUUGAAGAGGUCAGAUUGUACAAUUACGUCUGUUUCCUAAGGGAGAACUCAGCCCCGCCUACGAAAGCAGAGCGUUUUGUGCAAUCAGCCAGAUUUGCUUGCACUUUGCUUGGAGCUGAGACAUGCCUUGUCCAAAUUUCGAGCAGAGUUACUGGUGCUACGGUGGAGGCUGUCAAGAAACGAGCACUGCGCAAGAGACCACCCUUCACCGUCGCCCAGGUGAAGCGCUUGGAGAGUAUUGCUUGUGGGGAGCCUUCAGUGGCAGCCAUAUUUGCAGGCUACAUGUGUGCCUUGAUUUAUGCAAGACUGCGCUUCUCCGAUCUGCAGAUGUGCUAUAACGAGCCCACUGUUGAUGCGUAUGAGGGAAAGUCGGUUAUAGACUUUGGACUUUAUGGAACCAAAACUUCAUCCAGGAGGCGUGCCACGGUCUUCCGGCUGCUCCCCGCGUCGGCCACGGGGCCCGGGUUGUUGGAAGAUGAUUGGCUCCUGAAGUGGAUGGAGAAUCGUCAGGCGAUGGGUUUGAUUGCCAGUGAAGAUGACCCCAUGAUGCCAUCUCCGACUCCGGAUGGGACGUUCCAUGCGUUCAAGCUUUCUUCGUCUGAUGCGUGUGUCUGGUUACGUGAACUGCUGUGUGGCACUGCAUCAGCUGAUGAACUGGUGGAUCUUGGCACACACUCAGCAAAGGCCACAGUUCUGUCCUGGUUGACCAAAGUGGGUGCACCGCCGAAGCUUCAAAGGCGUGCUGGAUAUCAUGUUGGCAAAGCGGGACGGUCUGAGCUUGAAUAUGGUCAUGAUGCUGCUGCCGAUAUUCUUCGAAACAUCGAACAAGUUCUCCAAAUUAUUCGAGCAGGUCUGUUUGAUCCAGAUCUCCCGCGUCUCAGGCGGUGGACAGGCUGUACCGACUUCAACUCUGCACUUGCCCAGCUGGAUACCAAAGCCGAGCCGGCUGCAAAAAGGUCCAAGCGAGUGUCGGCUCUCCUCCGGAGUUCUUCAUCCGAACUCAGCAGCUCCUCUAGCUCGGAUGAUGAAAGCUCGGGGUCCGGGAAGGAAGAUGACGCUGGGCAGCUUGCUGCCAGUCGUGAGACGUGCGUCUUGAAUGGACCUGCUGUUCUUGACAGUCUUCAUUACUUUCGGCACGAUGCUCGAGGAACGAUUCAUUGUGCCCAAGCAGUCUGUGAUGAUGACGCAGUUGUUUUCCUGUGUGGGCGUUUGGCCACCAGUGCGCACAGCAAGUUGGACAACCGACCUGCAGUGCUUCUGAACCCAUGCGCGUCCUGUUUUCGCGGCGAUUAG